CUUCUUUUCCCUUUGGCAACUUCAUACACACCUUGGGUUUUCUCAUGAACAGCCUAUAGUCUUUUGCUAGCCGGCCUUUCCUCGCCUCUUUUUUCAUUCUUUCAAUACACAGGCGCUUGUCGCCAUUUUUCCCUUCUUGUCUCUUGCUGCACGGGGCCUAGGUUGGCGGGGGAGUUUUUUUGCAUCUCUAUUUGUGGCCAACUGAUCGCCACUUCAACCAAGAAACAACCCCCCUGAUCGCGUGGUCUCACGAUCGUAUCGCACCGAUAAGCCGUCUGAUUGCCAGUUUAGAUCUGGCUGUCCCAUUUAGGAGCUCUGAAGUCUACCUUUUCGAGGGUACAACACCGUCGUAUCAAUCCAACUUUUCGUCUCCGGGCAUUCCCAGUCCACCCUCUUAUUCGCUGUCCCCCACCACCCCUUCCUUCUACUCUCAUGGGUGUCUGAGAGGACCCUUGCGGACCCUGACGAACUUCGGACUGGAUCUUUCAUCACUAGUCGGCGAUACAGAUCGAGCUGCGGCGCGACCUUAAAGAUACCUAAACGGCAGCUUACCAUCCAACACCCAUCAGAAUCCCAAGGCUUCUAUCCAUCAAGCCAUUUGGUAUCAUUGCUCUGCUAAAUUUCCCAUAUCUGGAAUUUAGUACACAAAAUUUUAUCCUGUGGCUAGCGCCCUAUAUUGCCAAGGCCGACAUAGCAUCCGCCGGGCUUCGAUACCCCAAAUCCACUCAUUGUUACUCGAUGCUGCCACGACAGAAGGUCUAGACCACUUCACUCCCAUUUAGUGUUGUUUCCACAUGCAACACAGAGCAAAGCCAGUCACAACUCACCGAACUGCUUGCACGGCAGAUCCUCCGGACUGAACAACAAGAUCCGCAUUCCCCCCCCAUUUUCUUGGCGCCUCGGCAUGGACAUGGGCUAUUGUGGCGGAGUUCUCCCGUUCUGUGCCUCAUGGGCAUUACUCAAGCUUGCGAGUCGGUCUGACCUCAAUCGCUAGAAGCAUGAGCAAAGAGUGGUAUUCGUGGUGGUAUAUCCAGGCUUCAGAAUGACAAUACAUCCGAGAGAUGGACAACAGACGCAUAAUGCGUCAGCCGAAGGCUCUUAACGGGGGCUUGGGCAAAACUCGUGCGACGAUGAAGAAAUCCUUCCGGAACCGGAUUCUCUACUAACGGAGUCGGCAGCAUCUCUACGUUCACGCGGCUGUGUUGUGCUUGUUGUCACAGCCACUCAACCUUGAUCACCCUGGAUUGAAAUGAAUUGGAGCUCUAUGCUACCCAACUAUACGCUCGAUUUGCUAGAAUUGCAGACCCUGGCCCUGCUCACAAGUGGCUUGCACGAGACUCUCCCCGCAAUUCGCCUCGAACCGUCAGAGCGGCUUCCGUACCUGAUUGAAUUGCUCCAUCAAUGAAACUCCUCCAGCCGCCGGCAGCCCAGUCUGAGUUGGCGAACAGUACAGCACCUUGCCUCCUGCGCAGGGCUUCGAGAUACUUUACUUCCAUCCCUGGUCGGUACCACACCCUGUAAGUGAUUAGCAAGAUGAACCCUGCAAUUUGACAAAGGAAGACUCACCAUGCGCCCUCUGCAAAUUCAUCCUUGGACCAAUUGUGGAAGACCUGGAUAUUGUGUGAGUAAAUGCUCGGCGAAUCAUGAACCUGAACACUUACCAAUCGGUUCACAUCCAUGGGUGCAAAUUUUUUUACAGCUUUCAAAGUUUCAUCGAUGUUUUCUUCGGCGUGAAUAUGGUUGGCAUCACAGCCGAAGAAGACGCAAUGAGUAUAGCCAGCGGGCGUCUUUCCAUCUGCGAGGCCAAUUACCAGCUUGUUGUCCGGGUAUGUUACGCCACUCCACGACCGCAUCUCGGGGUCUUUGAUCUCUGCGUGGACUUUGACGCACUGGUUCACAUGCUUUAAUUUGGACGCCUCCGUUUUCUCUGCAAGCAGCGGCGGAUUGAAGGCGAUCUUGCUCAGCACGUUCAACGGAGCUGUGCAGAUCACGCGCUUGGCCUGAAAUGCUCGACCGUCGCGUGUGGUCACGCGGACGGUAUUGUUUGUCGAAUCGACUCGCGAUAUGACGGUGUUAAAUGAAUAUGCAAGAUUACUCGUUGCAAGCGCUUCGUUGAAGAACCGACGGGCAAACUCCGAUUGACCACACUUCAACUUGAAGACAAUGAUAGUGUCCAACAAUGUCCUAUAGUCAUAGUUUCCAGCUGCCCACCAACGAAGAAAAUCCAGGAACGCCGAAUUCUGAGCUGUGCCGCCACUGCACAGCAGAACGAAAGACUCGAUGGCAUGGCGUUCGUCCUCAGACAGGUCAUGCCUGAUCUGGGCAAUGCGAUCAGCGACCGACAAGUUGGCAUAUUUCAGUACGUUCUUAUUCCAAUAUGCGUCGAAAGGGAAUGGCAUGACCGUUUUGCCAAAAUUGCCAUCAACGUUGACGAACUUCUGCAUCGCUCGAGAAAACAUCUCAUCCUAUGCUGAUUUAGCUGCCGUCCGCAAACACUUCGAUGUCACAAACCUCUUCCUCAUGGCUCAUAGUCCUGCGACCAGAGCGUGUUGCGAAGCUGAAGUAGUUGUGCUUUUUGGUGAAAUCGGUCGAAUGGACCAGCUCAUUGAUCAUGCCAUAUCUUGACAGUUCUCGAUACACAUGCGGCUGGAACCAAUGCACCCAUGUACCCCCCAUUUCAUAGGGAUACCCAUCGAUAUUGGACGACCACGUCCGUCCACCGAUACGGUCUCGACCUUCGAGAAGUAGUGUCUUAACGCCUAACAUGACCGUCAUCAGUUUCAUGUUGAAUAUUCGGCAUUUGACGCAAACAACGUACCUGAAGUAGUCAAGUCUCUUGUGGCAGUCAGGCCAGUGUAGCCUGCGCCAAUGACUAUCACGUCGAAGACGGCAUCCGAUUGCUUGAUAUUUUGUGAUGGCUGUAUCACUCCCUUUGACGGAAUGCCAGCAACGAGUCCACCGCUCGGGGUCCAGUGCCACCCUUCUGACGAUUUCGCAAUGCCUGCCAUUUUCAUUCAGUGUGUGACUUGUUGGGAGAACCAACAAACGAAAUCCAGACCGAAUGUUACUUCGUUUUAUAUUUUUCGGAGCUGAGAAAACGUCUCAUGAUGUUCGCGCACAUUGCAGUACGGCCUCGAAGCAUCCAGGAGCAUAUGCAGGGUAGGAGGAAGACGAUGCCACCCAACACCAGCGUCUCAGAGCAUCUCAUUGGCUGCUGGCAUGGACGCCCCAGGGGGCUUGUCGACGAACUUCCCUUUUCGACUUCCCCACGUCUCUCACCUGAUCCGACCAAGGCUAGGGUUCUGGAGCCGCUCACUUAACUUUCCCUUUUGGGCGAACAGUCUACACGCUCUGUUCGUAUCCUCGAAAGCUUCAUCAUCCCCGGACCAAGUUAUUACCCCUUCUGGGGAUGACUCUUGCCCCGGCCUGUGUUUAAAAUGCAGUAUCAGUACCGCUCAUAUCCCCUCAGACAUGACGACCAGAAAUCUUCCUCGUCCAACCCAACGAUCACGAUAAUUGCAGAAUCUCACUCUGCACUGUUCAGACCUAUACCAUGAGCUCCCAUAUCGAUACCAAACAAGAACAUGGCUCUCAUUGCCAUGAGCCAGAGGUCAGCCUUGCCCAAGUCGAAGCCCUUCGGCAAGGCACUUUCGGCACCACCGAUCUAUCGACGCUUGGCCUCGCGGAGGCCGCCGAACGAGACAUUGGCCCUCUUGAUAUCAUCUGCGUCGGGUGGAACAUUUGCAACAGCUGGAUCGGGUUGGCUGCAACUAUAGCUUUGACGAUUGCUCAAGGCGGUUCAGUCACCUUGAUAUACGGCGUCAUUGUGUGCUUCGUCAUGGUCGGCUGUAGUGGGCUGACUCUUGCCGAACUGGCUUCCGUGUACCCGACAGCGGGAGGCCAGUAUCACUGGACUUCGAUCUUGACCCCAGCCAAACCAGCACGCAUCUUGAGUUAUGCUUGUGGCAUUACCAAUGUAUAUUCUUGGAUUGCCACCUCUGCUGGAAUCGCAAUCAUAGUAGCGCAAGUGGUAAUCGGCAUGGUCAUAUUCACCCACCCUGAUUAUGUCCCUGCAACAUGGCAUUAUUUCCUCGUAUAUCAGGCAGUCAACCUUGUCCUCUGCCUGCACAACAUCUUCACCAUGAAGCGAAGUAUGUGGAUCAACGAUGUGUCGUUUGCCGUGACCUUGACCGGCUUCUUCGCCAUCAUCGUGACGUGCUUAGCCCGGGCUCCCCACAAGCAGUCAUCCGAACUGGUCUGGACAGAUUUUGUCAAUGAGAGUGGAUGGCCCAACGGCGUCAGCUUCCUCACGGGUCUCGUCUCACCGAAUUACAUGUAUGCUGGCAUUGACGGAGCCAUCCAUCUGGCCGAGGAGUGCAAGAAUCCGGCCAAAGUUGUUCCCAGAGCCAUCGUCAGCACACUCACUAUUGGGUUCAUCACCAGCUUCGCCUUUGCCGUGAGCAUGACAUACUGCAUCCAAGAUUUCACCGCUGUGAUUGGGACUGUAACCGGUGUCCCGGUAUAUGAGAUCUGGCACCAAGCUACUGGCUCGAAAACUGCAGCAAGCAUCUUCAUGGCCGUGGUCCUCCUUGCCGCUCUGGUCGCUCUCGCUGCUGUGCAACAAACGGCAUCCCGCCUGACAUGGUCGUUCGCCAGAGACAGCGCCCUGGUCGGCUCUCAAUUCUUCGGCCAAAUCCACCCUAGGCUUGGUGUUCCAGUAUGGUCACUGGUGGCGAAUGCCUUCGUGGUGCUCAUCAUCGGCUGCAUCUACCUCGGAUCCAGCACCGCGUUCAAUGCCUUCAUCGGCACGAGCCUUCUCUUGCAACAGAUCACCUACGCCUUUCCCGCGGCGCUCUUGAUGUACCGGAAGCGGAAAGCUCGCUACCUGCCGGUGAACCGACCGUUCAAGCUACCUGGGGCUUUUGGGUGGAUUGCCAACUUUGCGACAGUGGCAUUUGCCGUGGUUGUACUCAUCUUCUACAACUUCCCCGUCGUGUUGCCCGUGAUCGGUUCGACCAUGAACUACACCUCAGCGGUGAUUGCAGCCAUGGCGCUGUUUGCAGCUAUCAAUUGGUUCAUCCAUGCGAGAACCAAGUAUCAUGGACCGAGACUGGCAGAGUUCUAGUCAGGAGGAAGCCUUGUUCGAUUCUUCAGCCCAUCAAGCUGAAAAAUGCUGCCGUCACCAUCAUUCGUUUAAUAGUCCGUUGUAUGUAGGGCCGAGCCUCGAGAACAAUCAUACUUUUACU